AUGAACUGGAUGUGGGAGACACCAGCGCUAGGGGCUGCAGUGGCGCUGGUAGUGUUCGCUGUCGCUGUUCGUGGUCUCCUCUUCAAGCGCGAUCCGGAGACACGUGUACCCACGAGAACUGGGGCUGCGCUUCGCGAGGAGAACUCGUCACGGCCUCAGCGGCUGGUGCAUGGACCGCCACUGCAGCCGCCAGUGUCGGAGACUUCGACGCCCCAGCGCGUGCUAGGUGCUCCUCGAGUGGUGAUUACCAUCGUAGAGGAGGUUACAUCCAAGUCCCUGUGGGUGCACGGAGAGAGCCUCGACUGGGCGCCCUGGGUUCCAGAAUGGUUUCGACGACUUGCACUGCUUCACUUUGUAGAUGUGUACUUCAUUCUACGCGUUCGAAACGAUCAGGAUUGCUCUCUAUGGUACCAGCAGGUUGGCGCCUUGUGUCGUUCUCCUGCAGGACAGAUUCUGGAUGAGCGUAAGUUUCUGGUUUGUGACACCGCCGCUGGAGCAGCAGCGAUGGUUCGUCAGCUGGAGCCUUCUCUGCAUUUGGAAAGCCUGCGGCUUGCAUCGGAAUGUGCAGUUCGCCUGCAUCGCUUCAUUCCAAAAAUCAUUAUCCUGGCUCAUGAACCAGAACACACAGGAAUCGAACCGUCUACAGUCUUGGAGCAGUUUACGCGUCAUGAUACGCAAAGGGCACCGUUUCGGACUGCAGUGGCCGUGCUGGAUGACCCCAUGGCAAUGUUUGCGAAUCCGCUAUGGCAAGAGGUUGAACUCCAGGUCAGAGCCGGGAUCCAGUGCCCCCGAUGA